AUGAAAGAAGCUCUGCCGUCAUUUGUUUUCCUUCUUUUCGACCUUUUAAGAACUAUCAAUGCAGCAACACAUACUGACAUGAUAAGGCUGUAUCAAAACUUGACAAAAGAUUAUAAAAAGAACGUGCGUCAAACAUUUAAUCAGUCGCAUCCCACCAAAGUUAACUUCAGUUUUAACCUUCUUUCCAUAAAGGAAUUGGACGAAAAGACCAGCAAAUUGUCUAUAGUAGGAAUAAAAGAAAAACGGUCCAGGGUGUGUAACACACUUGUACCUACAUGUAUAAUAGGACUUUUGAAUGUUUUGGUGUUUCUCAUCCCCGCUGAGUCGGGAGAACGUGUUAGCUUCUCGAUCACCGUGCUGUUUGCCAUGGCUGUGUUUAUGACAAUAGUGACCGACAGUCUGCCAAGUAAUAGUGAGCCGAACGGUCCUCGAUUAUGUUACUUACUGUCAAUUGAUCUAGACAUCAAUGCCUUGGUAACUGUUUGUGCAAUUCUUGGAAUGCGUCUCUACCACAAACCAGACCAUCAGGAGAUUGAUGUAUGA